UCUUGCGGAUUACUUCGGUUUUUGUCCUUCACAAAAAAGUAAACAAAUACAUGUAUCGAGUUUGAGUAAAAAAUGAAGCCUUUUUACUCCUUGCAAGGCAUUAGUUAGAGUUGACGAACAUGAUGGAGGAAGCUGAGAAUAGGGUUAUUCAGGCACGUGAUGUGUAUGUUCUCAUGAAAAAGGACUAUCGUAUCUCUAGGAAUAUACGUGCUUUAUGGUUUUUCCAACAUCUCAAUAAAACGUUACAGUUCAUACCACAAGAACAUCUGGUGGACACUACUGAAGAGUUACAGGUAGGAUCAGUGGUUGCUGAUGAUGGUACACAAUGUUUCCCAGGACAGAAGUACAGUGUGGCUCUGUUACCAAGCACCAUGGUCACAUUCAUGGCACGCCGCUACAGAUUUGUUAUCAUCCUAGAUGUCAGUCCCUCUGUCAGCUCAGUGGAUACUAGCAACUGCUCAGUGUUGUAUGAAAAGGUUCACACUACUUUGUCCAACUUCCUUAGAGGUAUUGUUCUACCGUUUCAGAUACCAGGAUCUACAGCGGUGUUGAGUCCAGAAAUUCACAUUACAGUAAUAGCAUAUACACCUGUGAAGAGUUUCACAUUUAACCAGGUGCUGGCUCAAGGUUUGGUGAUAACAGCUGAUAAUGUUGAGAAAAUACUGUCCUCAAUGGCUGUGAAGUUAAGGACAUUUGAGUCAACAUUAGCAGAUAAUUUCAAAAAGUGCUUAGAAAAUACAAGCUCAAACUUUGCAAAUAGUUACUAUGAUGUACAUCAAGCCCAUGCCGACCCUAUAGGACCCCAGUUAUCAAAGGAUCAGGAUAUCAUUAACAAUCCCGAGGCCGGCAUCGUUAACAUGCUCAGAAGUGGUAUGAUGGCCUUACAGCUGCUGCCAGAAAACUCUAGUUCAGGUUUGGUUGUGAUAACUGAUGGUUGUCUUGGAGUGCCGGAUGCUAAUUUGUUUGAAUUUCUACUGACACAGUUGAGAACGAGUACUAUAGCAUGUACAUUUCUCCGUGUUGGUGAAACUCGGACACCAUUUGGACAGUUUGGACAUGUAGCGCAUACAGAACUGAUGCAGUUUAUUUCAACUGCUACCUUUGGAUCAUACUUUGACACAUGUCCUGAUGUGACUGGCAGUGAAUCAAGAUUACCUAAUGUGUACCACAAAGCCAUGUUCCUGUGGAGUUUCCAGCGAGGUUUGGAGGGGUUUAGGUUCGACCUUGGAGAUCAACAUCUCAUGGCCCAGCAGUCCUCGUCACCAGCUCAGCUUGUUCAGAGACUGUUGUCACAUCCUAUCCAUGGUAACCUGGCUAGUGUGAUGCCGAACCUGAGAAAACGUCACUCUGAGAGUAAGCUGAAUGCAUCGUUGUUCAGUGUGCUGUCUGUCAGACUUAGAGAGGGCUAUACCAUCAGAGAUAUUGCUAUUACAAAAGGUGAGACCCAGUUAGAUGUACGACUAGUUCUACCAUGGAGAGAAUAUGCCAGAUUUGAGUACCUUGUUAGAGCAGCAUGGCCACUGGACAAGAACAGGCCAUUGACGCACACAGAGAUCACUAUAGAAGGAAGUUAUGACUUUCUACAUGAUAUGACUUGUACCAAAAUCAACACAAAUAAGAUGAGUGGCUUUAGGUCGGCUAAUGUGAAGAAAUUCUGGCAGGUACUGCAGGGAUUGUCCCAGACUGAUCAGUUGUUGGUACACCUACAGUCCUUUUCGACAAAACUAGAGCAUUACACAUUACCAGGGAGUAUAAAGGAAGGGGUUCCACUGUUUUACUUGCCACUUCCAAACUCAGUCACUCCUACACUGAGUACACAGCUAAACUCAAAAGAUACAGUGUUGAACCAGUUUGCUUCUUUCUGGAGACCUGUUGUCAAUCUGGACAUCAAAGUGUGGCAAAAGUGGAUGCACACCCACCGCAUAGGUCUUGUAUUGGAACAUGAUAUAGGGGUGACCAAGCACAUACACAUACCAAGUUCCAGUUUCCGAUACACCAUGGUCAUGUGUAGACUGGCUUUGACAUCACUGAACCUCUUCCUGUCUUCAUGGAGUACAUUUGUUCUUCUAGAUAGCCAGUCCUACAUCAAACUUGUAUAUGAAAAUGCUGAAGACAAGACAAAACAAAAGCCCCCUUCAUCGUUUGUGCUGGUACGUAUCACAUCAAAAGCCCCAUGUCUGGUGCUACGUCUAGCAUUCCUUGGAGGUACGCCAGGAUACCAGCGGUAUGAACUGGUGAAGGAACUCAAACAGAAAGUUGCAGAAUUGAAGUUUCCAAAGAGAUUUAUUAAGAGUGACAAAGAAAGGAGAUCAGCUCUAAGAAAAUUUGAAGAGAAAGACAUAGUACACAAACCUCCAUUGACAAGAGAGUGGUCAGAAAUCAAAUGUUGCGUGCUGCUUGUCAAACCUGUUGAAAGUAUCCUGAUCAGGUAUGAAAAAGUGCCACCUGACAUGACCAAGUUAGAAGAACAGGCUACACCAGAGGUGUCUCAGUUUUUACCAUAUUCUAGUCAGCCAAAGAAUAAGUCAGCAGCCAAUCAGUUGAAUUCUUUGUCUCGGUACCUGUUACACCAGAGAUGGAUCUGGACGUUACAACAGGCAGGUGUGAACAGUAUCUCUAUGUCUGGUAUUGGUCGGAUACUGUCAACAUUGACAAAGAUGCGCAUACAGCAGGGUUUCCAUUUUGGCUACACAAAUCAGGGUAUAGUCAACAUGGUAGUAGAACUGGAUAUGAAGGACACAGAGAGUGGUAUAGACUAUACAGUCAAGUCUAAACAGAAGCCAACUUGUGUUGUUCAGUAUAUACUCUUCCCUCCAUACACAAAAACUUCCUCAGACAGUUUAAGUGAUGAUGAUGAGGAGAUGGAAUCCACAGAGGAUGAUGGGAUACUUCAGAUUAUCAUGGAAUGCUGGGUAGAGCCUCAACAUGGUGUUGCUGUUAACAACACGGCAGAGAGAAAACAGUUUGAAGGCAUCACAUGUGAACAAAUACCAACUGUGUUGUUCCCGCAGGAUCUUACAUGUAUAUCAAGUUUGUUGACAUUCGAACAUUUGUCGUACCUUUGUCAGAACAGCCUUAUACCUGCUGAUCUAGCCAGUAUUGUGAAUACCAGCACACAUCCAGCAUCGAAUGUGACCCAGUUGUCACCUACCAUAAAGCAUAUAGACUUCCCAUUUGAGUUACUCUCCUUGUUGCCAAGGAGUCAACAGGCAGAACUUAUCUAUCCAACUUACACAUAUGGUAAAGGAACAGAAGAUGAGGAAUGUGGCAAGGAGGCUAAUGGCUUGUUAUACAAACUCCUCCUUGAAGAGCUGUCCAGCAGCUAUCACAGAGAAGUCAAUCUCUCGCAGGGACAAAGUGCCCUUUUCCUGCAACAUGUUCAUUCUAGACCCAGAUCAACUGAAACCUACCCAUUUCCUUUUGAAAUUGAGAAAUUUACUUCACUGGCUGAUGAAACUAAACCUGAAAACAAAUCUAGCCAAUCACAGUCUCAGAGUAUUCCUAAACUCAGUGUCAGUCAGUCACAAGCCAGCUUUCAGUCACUAGGUAGCUGUGCACAAGGCAGAAAAGACAGUGAAAGUGUUUUAAGAUCUGACUGUAUCAAAGUACCAGAAUGGAAGUGCUUCAUCAAGGGAGGUGACUCUAGCUCUAUAACAUUGACUUUUGUUCCUGCCUCCUUCCAGGAUGUAAUACACUUAAAUGAACCCAAAGAAAAUUCUGGCCCUGAAACAACAGAAAAUAAUGCUCAGACAGAAUCAGCUUGUGUUUCUACUAGCUUGAAGGACAGAGAUGAUAAGAGCAAUAAGCUAUCUCCUGAUGCAAAAAGUGAACAGAUGUGCAAUAAGACUGGUGACAGUACUCAUUUAAACUCGGAAAACGUCGAGUCGAGUGCAAUAGGGAGUGGUGUAAGUGUUGAUGGAGAUGAAGCAGAUGCAGCAAAUUCUUAUCCAGAAGAGAUUAUAAACUCAAAUACUGAAGAGAUUAGUAGUAAAAAGCCACUAGUUGUUCCUGUAUAUAUUUAUGACUGUUUAGUACACAAUAUAUUGCAAUCUCUGAUUAAUCCAUGGGACUUUCAGCUGGCAGCAGACAUAUACCAGGACAUGACCUUUGACUCAUCAUGUGAGCAGAGUGAGCCAUUUGGGCUGGGAAGUCCAAGAUCACUGAAGAGAGUGUCAUUCAGUGCAGAUAGCUUCAAGGAUGAAGAAGAGCCACCUUGGAGGUCAAGUUGGAGGUCACAGGAGAGAAGGUCAACAGAGGGGUCAACUGAUGGAGGAGAAAAUCUAUGGCAACAAUGUUCCUCAUUGUCAGAAAUGUUUUAUAAUUGCUUUGUAAAGGGUGUGUUUCAGAGUUUGCAGAAGACUUUUUCACUGGACAGUCAAGAUAUUGAUGCAGCCAUCAAUAAUAUCUGUGAGGAGGCCCUUCCCUUGGAGAGUAACAUGACGACAUUCCUUCAUGCUUCGUGUUGCCACUUUCAGCACCUUGUUAAUGAGGCGAGGAAAGACCAGGAGAGGCUUAGUGAUCAAAAUUCUACUGGGAUAGAAGAUAUGAAAGCACCAUCUGUCAGGUUUAUGGAUAUACUUGACGAUACAGAUGGUGAAAUGCAAAGUAAAAUAGCAAAAAUACCAUCUGUGCUUGAGCUGCCUAAAGUGACCUUGACCUUUGACUUAUCACUACUUCACCUUGACCUUCCAUGUGAACCCUUGAAGGAUCUUCACCAGUUAAUCAAGGAUAAGUUCCUGGAUAUUGUACAGAAAUGGUUCAGGCAGGUUCCAUCUAGUCCAGACUACUAUUUUUAUUGUCCAGAUACUGCUCAGAGUGAAGGAGAACUUUCAGAUGAAAGAGAGACAACUGCUUCAGAUGCUGCACAUGGAGCUUCAGCUGGCACAAUGCCAGAAUCUGAUGGUAACAUGGGUAUGGAUACACUUGGUCUGGCAGUAAAGAGCGAUAGAAUCUCGUGCACCUCUGUCCUGGACUCCGAGGAAUCAAUGGAGGACGAUGUCAUCCUUGACCUUGACAUUACCCGCGAUGAUAGGAGUGACCAGUCACCAUUAUUUAUAAACUUUACAUGCACAGUGAAAAGUCGUCUGCAGCAGUACAGUUUGUCCCUCCGGAACAUUGCUGUUUGUAUUGGAGAGCUUUCAACAACAUUGGAAAAAUUCUCAGAGGUUGAACUCAGUGACCUGAAGAUCACAUUUGACCUGAACUGUUUGACCUUGCCAGGUGACCUUGAGAUAGCAUCACCAAGGAAACCAUCUAUGUUGAGAAUGUUAUCAUACUCCAGUGCUAAUAUAGGAUCAUCUUCAGGCUCAGAUCUUGAAGAGAGGGGCAGCAAUGUAUCAACAGUUGACAUGAAACACUUGAAGGACCCAAUAAAUCACCUGCCACAGAGGCAACAUGACGCUGUCACAAAAUGUAUGGAAGAGAUUGAAUGGCUGUUACAAGAUGAGAUAGUUUCUAACCUACGACAUAUAUCACCGAUCAAUACCGAUGCCCUCAACUUUGUAGCCAAGCAUAUCCAGUCAAGUAGUGGUUUGGGCAAGGCCAAUGUCAGUGUUGAUAAUGUACCCCUUCAGUUUGUAUUUGGAUCAGAUCAAAGCAAUGAAAAAUUCACAGAGCAAUUCCAAAAGAUGUCCUUCCAAAAUUACCAGCUAAACAAAGAGGAUGAAUGGUACUACUUAUCAAAGAAGCGUAUUCUUGCCUUUAAUUAUGUGAAUGCAUCAAUGCUAAGUUCUGCCCUUGUUGAGCUCAGUCAGUGGGGUGGGAAACAAGGCUCAAAUGCUAAAGCUGGCUCACCAAGCUCUGUUUCCGAACAAACUGAUAACAAAUCUACAAAAAAUCUUUCACCUCUCAUUGGAGGAGCUAAAGAUAAAAGUUUUGAUAUUGGCACUGAUCAUGUAGGGUGUUCUAGUCCAGUGACAGUAAAGACGGAUGGGACCAGUCCAUCUGAAGUGAAGAGACACAGUCGUGAAUCUAGUCUUAGUAUUGAGAAGAGGACAUCAUCUGAAGGUCUUAGUCUGGAAAAUGUCAGUCUGAUUAACAGACGUAGAAGUAAAGAAUUAAAGCUGAAAAUGAUGAAGGGUAACAAGGAUAAUUUAUCUGAUAAGGAGAAACGUAGAAGUAGUGGUGAACAUGCUGCCAUUGAUCAGGGGAAAGCUGAUUCCCCUAUUGCUGAAAGUAAAACUGCCCCGAAACAGGAAAAAGACGCUCAAGAUCAGACUGACAUUUCUAAAGAUGUUGACGAGGCUCCAAAAAAACCUGAUGAUAUGUUACAGAAGGAAAGGGAGUCUGUUGUUUCUCCGAUAACUGCUGCAAUAACUUCAUUGGUAGAUUUGCCUUCAACAGAAAGUGCUACAUUUUCUGUGUCUGGUACAGGAAGUCAUGUGACUUCAGCUGUCCAAUCACCUGUAGUUUCUGAUGUUUCCAUACAGCUCACUAAGACAGAUGGUCGCUGUGAGCCAUUCAGAACUUCCCCGGAAAGAGUAUGUACCACUCCAAGCAUGGUAGAUGAUAGCUAUGACAGUACAGAUCUUGAAAACGAAGCUGUGUUGAAAAGAUGUUCCAGCUUUGCGGGCUUCAUAUCACAGGAACCCUGUGUUCCCACCAAACAAGACUCAGAGACUGAAUUCCAAGGUCCGACUCCCCUGAAACCGUAUCACCAUUCUUUAAUUGGGCCUCAGGGCAGGUCCCGUCAUUGCUCAGCCCCGGUAUCAGGACAGGGAACACCCAGAAGCAAAGUAUCAGUGUUACCAUACACACCAUCUUGUAUUUCUUCAAGAGGCAGCUUUACUGAAGAUGGAGCAUCAUAUGAUGGUGAUAUGAGUGAAAUGGAUGACAGUGCUACAACGUUCAGUGAGAGUGGAGUGGUUACAAGACUGAUGCCAAACUUUUGGCUCAUUAUGCAAAUCAAUUUCAAUGGUGUGGACAUCAAUAAUAUUGAAAUGAGCACUGUGGAUAUACUCUUCCAACAUAGGGAAACGGGUAAAGAAACCAAUGAAGAAACAUUGGAGUUACGCAACCUUCUAUCGCAAGUGAAGUCAAAUGUAGAAACAACAUGUCGUAGAGUGAAUCAGCAACUGUUGCUUAACGACCUGUAUGAGAGCCGUAUGUGCCAUAACCUUCUGGUCGAUGCUGCUGAGGAGGAGGUCUCCUGGAAGCUUGAUGGGGACCGCAGGAUCAAACCUAGACAUGCUCUACAUGUCAGCAGUUCCGAAAAUGAUGAUGAUGAUGAUGAUGAUGACACAUUUGAGAGGAAAUAUCUUGCUGCAGCCAUGAACCUUGAUCCAGGGUAUUUUGAUUGCACAUGUGUUUGGCAAACAAAGUUGUACAUCCAUCCAGGCCUCAAAAGAGGGGCUGGUAGAGGCUCUACUAUGUCUAUAGGGAUCAAGGCGUUGAGGUCUGUGUUAAACCCAUUGUCUGUCAACAACAGAAACAACAUGUUUGUCAUCAAGGAAACAACAACAGAGAAUGUCUUCUACCUCAGAUUGAAGGAAAUUCAGUCCAGUAGUUCAAGGUCAGCCAUGGUAACAGAGGAUAGUACAGAUACAUUGUCCAUGUCAGGUGGUCUGAAACUACCAGAACAAGAUGCUGAUACAGUAUCCAUUAGUUCAUCAAACAGUACCUUGUCCUUGUCACAGUCUCAGAAAGUAGUUCCUCAAGAUUGUGUGGAGCUCACUGUACACGGCAUUGAUGAUGCAAGCAAGGAGAUAAAGGAAGACUUGAUUCAGAUGUUGCAGAAGAAGUUGGAUGAAGCUACCCUAGAUAAGAUCUCUGAAAUGUUACGACGUAAUCCACAAUGUCAGCUGGAUAGUCAUGAUGUACAGUUUAUACAGAAGCCAGGCUUGGAACCAGCUAAGACAUUACAUUUGACAGUUUCUAAUCGAGCCAGUCCUCAGCUUGCAGCAGUGAUGUACUAUCUAAGACAGAAUCUGCUUCAGUUUUUACACCCACCAAAAUACAAGUCUUCCCUAGCAGAACAUCAGUUCAUGGAUACAUUUGAUGGAAAGUUGACUUCAAUACCAGCAGAUCAGGCAUUCCUGUAUAUACCACCACAUACAGCCAGAAAAACUGGUAUAUCAGUGGUCAGUGUAUGUCUAGUGGAUGGUCAGGGUAACCAGGUGAGAUUGUUGCAAUGUCCUAAACCAUCUAGUCUUGCCUACCUGGACAUUGAAACAAAACAAGACCUUGAGUCGUUCGUCAUUGCUCAAACAUUUGAGAUUCAACCCAACAGUAAAAAACCAGGCCCUACAGCAUUAAUACAGUUCCAUAUUUGGCAAGUCGGCGAUGUGGACAUCCCAGUUCUGCAAGAGAAACUCACUCUGGCGCUGAAGUACGCUCUGUGCGAUGUCGUCAUGGAAUACCACAUCUUGACAGCGCCGUUAUGUACGGUGCCAAAACAUCUAGUGGAUAUGCUUCCUCCCCCACCUACUUACUCCGCACCUACCUCACCCUUUCAUAGCAUGCCAGGUGAAGAAUUCAGAGAGAGGAAGUUGUCAAUGGUAUUGAAGAAACCUUCAGAUUCGAAUAGAGGUGUAGAUCGACGUGCUUCCCUUCAGAAUCCAUCCAGAUUUCAGGCUCUUAGAGAUGCUUUUAUACAUUCUUCAAAGAGAGUCAUGUCUCCUACACCAGAUAGUAACAAGGUGUUUGAUCUGCCAGGGUUUGAUUCUGGGCCUGGGUCAAAGGCAAGUUCUCCUAUGCCAGACAGGGCCCUAAUAGGGAGUCCACAUAGACCAGAUCCUGGAAACAUAGUUAAUCAGUAUGAGAGUGGGGAUAGAGGUACCUUACACAAAAUGUACUCUGAUCUGAUGGAAGGCUGGUUUAAAUACUGUAGUCAACAAGAAAUACCAUCAGUGAAUAAGUUGAAUCUCAGUCUGAAGUCACGGUUCUCAAUAGACUAUGUCCUACAAGAGUUCCAACACAUGGUGUCAAGGUUGAGCCAGACCAUGUCUACAAAGGUAUACAAGAUGCUACCAAAAGAGGAAGUGGAUGAGGACUCAAACAUUGGGGUCCUGUAUGUGCCUAACAGAAGUCCAUUUGAGGCUGGAAGACGUAGGUCAGAAACCUCCCUGGAUAACUGUCGACCAGUGAUGCUGACUCCAGGGAUAGACAGCAGUUUUACUGCAGUGAGUCGUGACCUUGAGCAGUGGUACACCUUUAUACAUCAUCCAUAUGAUGAAGAUGAAAAUUCUGAGCAGUCCUCUAGCAUCAAAGGAAAACAUUCUUCCCAGAAAUUUGCUGCUCACAUUCCAUCUGCAACAGAAGGUAAAACAUUCGGAAUGUUUUCCGAAUCAACAUCUCUGAUACCGAGACAGAGGUUCUUACUUCUGUCCCUUCAGAACAAACAGAUUUGGCUGUAUGCUUACAAUUUGACAAAUGAUGCAUUCUCAACAUUGUCUAAACACAUGAUAAAACUGGUACAGUGGAAUAAUUGCCGGACACACCUACUGUCAAAUGUUGUUACGCAGAAAUGUGGGCUGUUCAAUCACUACUUGUAUGGAAGUGUCUUAUGCAAUAUGGAGAAGUUGAUACAGCAGACGGACUCUGUAGAUCAGCUGAUCAAUCAUCCUGCUCCACCUCCACCCAACAAGGAGAAGUUAACACGUACACAGAGCACCUCCUCUGUACGAGAGAUAUACUUACCUUUUGAUGUUACCUUCAAAGACUUGUACCCAAACAAACCACUUCAUGUGUCUUACCUGGCUUGUCACCCUGAUUUCGUGAAACAGUAUGGUCAACAAGCACAGGAUAUCAGACUUGAUCAUAAGAGACAAUUAGACAAGAUCAACAAUAUCAGCAGAUUAUAUGUUAUGUGGGUACAGAAGAUGACCCCAAACUUUCCAAUUUCUGAAUCCAUAAUGAAACAGCUGAAGCAGGCUUCUAGGUUGUUCCAUUAUUGUGCAACACCAUUGCUCUUCAGUGCUAAGUGGCGUAAACGUGUCCUUGAAAAGUACAAGGUCACCCAGCAGGACUCCCAGAAUGCCACAGUGUCCACUAAUACUCCAGACACUAAAACAAGAUCCAGACAUGGUUCCGGAGCCUCUACAGGUAGUGUUCGAACAAAACGUACAGACAGCAAUGAGCUUAAGAAACAGUCUUCGCUGCAGACAUUUAAAGAGUAUCAGUCUGAUUCGGAGGACACGGGUGGAGAGGAUGAGUGGCAUCUUGAGUUGAGGUCCACGUUUAUAUACCAAUAUAUCAAAUACCUACAAACGAUUGGAUUCCAUUAUGUUCAGCUGGACAAAUCUCAAGACAAGGGAAAAGUGAAAAAGAGAUCAGGAAUGCCAAGUGAGGACACAACCACCCAGGAGAUAGAGAUCAAAGCAACAGAAACACAUAACCUGCAGAAGACUGUGUCUGGAGGGGUACUACUGAUAGAGAUAAGCUUCAGGAACGAGUAUUUCUGUGUCAAACUUUUCACAUGUGAUCACAACAAGCUGGGUAUCACUGUCAAUCAGCAGAAAAAUGAAAUAGAGGACAUCGCUAUUGCUCAGGAACUGAAGUUACUGUUUGUUGAUGAAUGUGAGAAAUGCAAGCAUGUGAUCCAUGUGCACUCGUUUGCCCAUGAUUUUCAUCUAAGAUGUAUACAGUCAUACAUCAAUGGUCAGCACGACAUAUUCAAGCCUGGCUACUAUGUGUCCGGUCUCCUCAAUGAUUUUGUGAAGGUGUAUGCGUAUGCUCCAAGUUUCUCUAGGAAUUUCUUGCAGAGAGAGGUUGUUUGUAUUCCUAAGCCAUCAUGCUCUAGCAAAGACUUGUAUGAAUAUAUGCUGGAACAUGCCAAAUUGCAUCAGAUGUCAAUGUUGAAAAUGACCUUACCACCGGAGGUUGAUAAUGCCUUGGAUGCUUCUUCUAAAAAUCAUGAGUUUGCACUGAUAAGCCACGAAGUUCGAGAAGUUACAGCUACAGAUGCUAAUUCUACCUCCCCAAAGAAAAUGGAAACAUACAAUAUUGGUCUAGUCAUAUUGCAGGACUGCCCCACUUUAGGGAGUGUGGGAGGGCAGGUAGUAGGAGGGACAGCUGAUCAUCCUCUCAAACUUCAGUUCUAUAUGAUACUGACAAGCUCAGAGACUCUGUUUCCUAGGCAAACAUUGGACCGGGAAAGAGGAGUUUUAUUAAGUAGAAGUCAGUCAACAGGAGAAAAGGGGAUCUCAGGUGAUCUAAAGGACCAGAUAAAAGUGAAAAAAUCUGCGAGUGUCAGAGAACAAAGUACAAACUAUCUGGGCUUCUCCAACAAGCACCAGCCACCUAUGUAUAAACUCUUACAGAAAGAAGCUGUUAUUGUCAGAGACAAGAUUGAAAAGUUGGCAGUAGCAUCCAUGGACAAAUGUCGACGAGAUAAACUGUGGACAAGAAUGUUGUUCAGUAAAGCAGAUGAGCAGUCUGCAAAGAAAAAGAGUGAUGCAGACAGCUCUAGAGAUCUGGAAAAACUGACAUUUGAGGAGUUCCAGGAGAUGUUAGAUCGUGUUCAUAAAGUUCCUCUGUAUGAGAUGGAUCCCAGACUGGUACCCUUUGUCCAUAUGUCAACAGCCUGGUACCAGGGAUUGGCACAUGUUCUCAAUAACAGAUACACAGAUCAUUUCAAAAGGUGCUUCGUAAAUCCUGAAAACAAUGCAGAGCAACAUCAUAUUAUUAUCAACCCGAAGUUUCUAGAUGUAUUCAUGAUGUUGUCUGUAGACAGUGCUUCGGGCAAAACGGGUUUGUAUGCUGUGUUUAGAAAGCCAGCAAAGGAACAAGAGAGUAUCUGUCCUGGAGGUCAAAAUCUACCAGAACAAAGUGUCCACAGUCACAUGGAACACUUCAUAAACACAUGUUGCUUUCAUAUGUGGAGUUCUAUGUUGUAGUCGAUUGAAACAGUUAUAAACACACGUUGCUUUCAUAUGUGGAGCUCUUACACUAUGAUAUAGUCGAAUGGAACAGUUAUAAACACAUGUUGCUUUCAUAUGUGGAGUUCUAUGAUAUAGUCGAAUGGAACAGUUAUAAACACAUGUUGCUUUCAUAUGUGGAGCUCUAUGAUAUAGUCGAAUGGAACAGUUAUAAACACAUGUUGCUUUCAUAUGUGGAGCUCUUUGAUUUAGUCGAAUGGAACAGUUAUAAACACAUGCUGCUUUCAUAUGUGGUGUCUCAUGAAACAGUUCAUAAACAUAUGUUGCUUUCAUUGAAAGUUACUUACAGUUACUUACUGAAAUGAAAUGGAUAAUUAUUGGUUGUGUAUAUAUGCGCAUAUAUUGUCAAUAAUUGCAUGUACUAUCUAUUAUAUAUAUAGAGAAAUAUAUAUAAUUAACAGUAGAUAGUUACUAAUGAGAACUGAGAUUAUUAUGUUAUUCCUCAAGUAAGAUAACUGAAUUGAUAUCUGUAUUACUUUGGUGUAAAUAAAUUGUGUAUGGGCCAGUGGCCUACAUUUCACAAAUAAACUUGUAAACUUAAAAAAAAACUCCGUAUGUCAAGUUCUGUGUUAUAGUCAUAUGCAUGUUACAGUCACAUGUAACAGUUCAUAAACAUGUUUCUUCCAUAUGUGGAGUUUGUUAAGGUCCUGUGAAAAAGUUUAUAAACACGUGUUGCGGUCAUACAUGGAGUUGUUUGUGGUCACAUGAAUUAGUUUAUAAAUAUGUGUUUCUUUUAUAUAUGGAGUUGUUUGUUAUGGUCACAUGAAAUAGUUUAUAAACACGUGUUGCUGUCAUAUGUGGAGUUGUUUGUUUUGGUCACAUAAGUUAGUUUAUAAACACAUCUUGCUUUCAUAUGUGCAGUUCUGUGUAAUAGCUACAUGGAAUAGUUUAUAAACAUACAUUGUUUUUAUAUGUGGAGUUCUGUGUUAUAGUCGAAAUGGAUCAUGAAACAGGUUAUACACAUGUUUCUUUCAUAUGUCAAGUUUUAGUCACAGAGAACAUUUCAUAAACACAUGUUGCAUUCACCUGACUUUUUGUGGAUUUCUGUUAAGAAUUAAACCAUAGUUUAGUAGUUUGCAUUUGGGAUGAAAUAAAGUGGGGCUGCAUGGUGGCAGAAGGUCCCUAUGAUUCUUUUAACAAAGCAAUGGGCUAGUAUAUCAUACCAAAUGGAUGUUUCUAAACCAUGAUUUUAUCCAUUUUUUAUACGCCCGUUUGAAAAAUGGGACAUAUUAUGGGAACACCCCUGGUGGGCGGGCGGGCGGUGUCCACCGGCUUUGUCCGGUGCAUAUCUUCUUCAUGCAUGAAGGGAUUUUUUAUGAAACUUGGCACAAUUGUUCAGCAUCAUGAGACGGAGUGUCAUGGGCAAGAACCAGGUCUCUAGGUCUAAAUUCAAGGUCACACUUAGAGGUCAAAGGAUACAAGAAUGAAAACUUUGUCCAUAGCAUAUCUUCUUUAUGCAUGGAGGGAUGUUGAUGAAACUUGGCACAAUUGUUCGCCAUCAUGAGACAGAGUGUCUUGCACAAGAACCAGGUCCCUAGGUCUAAGGUCAAGGUCACACAUAGAUGUCAAAGGUCAAAUUCAAGAAUGACUUUGUCCGAAGCAAAUCUUCUUCAUGCCUGAAGGGAUUUUGAUAUAACUUUGUACAAUUGUUCACCAUCAUGAGACGGAGUGUCAUGUGCAAGAACCAGGUCCCUAGGUCCAAGGUCAAGGUCACACUUAGUUGUCAAAGGAUACAAGAAUGAAAACUUUGUCUAGAGCAUUUCUUCUUCAUGCAUGGAGGAAUUUUGAUAUAACUUGGCACAAAUGUUCACCAUCACAAGACUAGAGUGUCAUGCGCAAGAACCAGGUCCCUAGGUCUAAGGUCAAGGUCACACUUAGAGGCCAAAGGUCAGAUACAAGAAUGACUUUGUCCGGAGCAUUUCUUCUUCAUGCAUGGAGGGAUUUUGAUGUAACUUGGCACAAUCGUACACCAUCUUGAGAGGGAAUGUCAUGCACAGGUCCCUUUAGAAUUACUUCCCUUUGUUGUUACCAUAUAUAGCUUAUAUUGUAACUUUUUCAUUACUAGUCGUAGGGAAAAAUCGAGACCACUUUUCUGUAGUACAACAUGCAUGUAACAUCCAAUUUUGAGGUGUAUUUUGACCUAUCCCACCUGGUAAGGAUUUUUAUAUGGACUUACAAUUUUUUCUUUGGAUUUUUUUUUUUAAGAUUAACUUCCCUUAGUUGUUACUAUAAAUAACUUAUAUUGUAACUUUUUUAUAAUUGACUGUAGGGAAAAACCAAGACCACUUUUCUGUGGUACAACAUAGAUGUUACUCUCAAAUUGUAGGUGUUUUUUAAGGUAUCUCUAUCUGGUAAUAAGUUUUUUUUGUGGACUUAGAAGAACAAAAAUUAAAAUAAUUACUAAACAACCACAAAAUUAAUUUGCAAAUAAAGGUGCUAUUUGCUAAUUUGCUGUGACAGGCAUAUAUUGUGACAUUCUGGCACUCUUGUUUUUUUGUUAGCUCACCUGUCACGUUGUGACAGAGUGAGCUUUUGUGAUCACCCUUUGUCUGUCGUCCGUCCGUCCACAAUUUCCUUGUGAACACGAUAGAGACUACAUUUUGUAUUUGAUUUUAAUUAAACUUGCACUCAACUUGUAUGGGCAUAAUAUCUCGGUUCCUUUCGAAAACUGGCCAGAUCUCAUCACGGGUUCCAGAAUUAUUGCCCCUUAAAAGGCCAAAAUUUGCUAUUUUUUGCUUGUGAACACGAUAGACAACAUUUUACAAUCAACUUUAAUCAGACUUGCACACAACUUGUAUUGGCAUAAUACCUCGAUUCUUUUCGAAAACUGGCCAAUCCCAUUAUGGGUUCAAGAGUUAUGGCCCCUUAAAAAAGCCAGAAUUUGCCAUUUUUGGCUUGUGAACAAGAUAGAGACCACAUUUUGCAAUCAACUUUAAUAAAACUUGCACAUAAGUUGUAUUGGCAUAAAAUCUCAGUUCCUUUUGAAAACUGGCCGGAUGCCAUCAUGGGUUUCAGAGUUAUGGUCCCUUAAAGGGCCAAAAUUUGCACGAUAGACAACAUUUUACAAUCAACUUUAAUCAGACUUGCACACAACUUAUAUUGGCAUAAUAUCUCGAUUCCUUUCGAAAACUGGCCAAAUCCCAUUAUGGGUUCAAGAGUUAUGGCCUCUUAAAGGGCCAAAAUUUGCCAUUUUUGGCUUGUGAACAAGAUAGAGACCACAUUUUGCAAUCAACUUUAAUAAAACUUGCACAUAAGUUGUAUUGGCAUAAUAUCUCGGUUCCUUUUGAAAACUGGCCGGAUGCCAUCAUGGGUUUCAGAGUUAUGGUCCCUUAAAGGGCCAAAAUUUGCACAAUAGAGACAACAUUUUACAAUCAACUUUAAUGAAACUUGCACACAACUUAUAUUGGCAUAAUAUCUCGAUUCCUUUCGAAAACUGGCCAAAUCCCAUUAUGGGUUCAAGAGUUAUGGCCUCUUAAAGGGCCAAAAUUUGCCAUUUUUGGCUUGUGAACAAGAUAGAGACCACAUUUUGCUAUCAACUUUAAUAAAACUUGCACGCAAGUUGUAUUGGCAUAAUAUCUCGGUUCCUUCCGAAAACUGGCGGAUGCAAUCAUGAGUUUCAGAGUUAUGGCCCCUUAAAGGGCCAAAAUUUGCUAUUUUUUGCUUGUGAACACGAUAGAGACCACAUUUUGCAAUCAUCUUUAAUCAAACUUGCACACAACUUGUAUUGGCAUAAUAUCUCGAUUCCUUUCGAAAACUGGCCAGAUCCCAUCAUGGGUUCCAGAGUUAUGGCUCCUUAAAGGGCCAAAAUUUGCUAUUUUUGGCUCGUGCAGUCAUAUAGAGACUUCAUUUAUGGUUUGAUUUGAUACAAACUUGUAAAAUAUCUUCAACAACAAUAAAUUUUGGAUUCCAUGAUGAAUCUGUCAGAUCCAAUCUUAGGUUCUGGAGAUAUUUUAUAUCCGAUUACCUCCCCUGAUUUUAAUCAAAAUGAAUUUGUAUCAAUAAAUACUUAUAGGACUCAUUUGAAAUUUCAUUAUUGUCAUUAGUUAGACUCAGACAAUCAGGGUAGAUAACUAUGGACUGAUUUCAUGUCAAAUUACCUCCCUUUAUUUCAAAUUAAAAUGGGUAUAUCCCCGUAACUAAUGAAGAUACUGAUCUGAAAUUCCAUUUAUGCCAUCAGAUGGACUUGGACAAUCAUUGAAGAUACAUAUUGACGGAAUUUAUGACAAAUUACCUCCCUUUAUCUUUUAUGUAAAUGAAUAUACCUAGCAGUUUCUAAUGAGAUUGGUUUGAAACAUUAUUUAUGUCUUCCAUGGUAAGAAAUUUCUACCUUUACUUACUUUUCUAAUAUAUUGUUGUAAAGGCUUGUACUCUGUAUCUUCUACAUGCAUAUACCAAUGCAUGAUUAUAACCUCCCCUGAUUUUAAUAAAAAUGGAUUUAUCUCAGUAAGUAUUUAGACUUAUUUGAAAUUUCAUUAUUGUCAUUAGUUGGACUGAGACAAUCAGGGUAGAUAACUAUGGACUGAUUUUAUGUCAAAUUACCUCCCUUUGUUUUCAAUUAAAAUGAGUGUAUCUCAGUAACCAAUGAGGAUUCUGAUUUGAAAUGUCAUUAAUGCCAUCAGAUGGACUCGGACAAUCAGGGUAGAUAACUUUUGACUGAAUUCAUGACAAAUUACCUCCCUUUAUUUUAUGUAAAUGAAUAUACCUCAGCAGCAUCUAAUGGGAUUGGUUUUAAAUGUUAUUUAAGUCUUCCAGGGUAAGGAAUAGUCAUGCUAGUACAAAUAUGCAGCAUUUGAGCCAAGGACCCUCAAACUUGGUAUGGAGAUUGGCUAUGACAAGUAUGUGACCCAUAGGUCAAAAGGGACUGUUACAAGAAAAUAUUUAUCCUGAUGACAUUUAAAGUGUAUGCCUGUGUGAUCUAUGUCAAAACUUGAUCUUAUCAUUAAGAGCAAUGGUACUCAGGUGAGUGAUAUAGGGCCAUCAUGGCCCUCUUGUUUUUACCUCACCUGAACUUUUUUCAGAGUUAAGUAUAGAUGGAUGGUCUGGUGACCCUAGUCUGUUGUCCUGCAUCUACAUUUUUAGCCCACCAUCAUGAUGAUGGUGGGCUAUUAAAAUCACUCUGCGUCCGUGGUCCGUCCGUCCGUCAUUCCGUCCGUCCGUCCGUUAACAAUUUCUCGUUAUCGCAUCUCCUCAGAAACUACUGGGGGGAUUUUGACCAAACUUUGUCAGAAUGAUGUAUUGGUACCCUAGUUGUGUCCCCCUGAAAAUCAGACUGGUUCAACAAUUUAUGAGUGAGUUAUGGCCCUUUGUUUAUUUCUAUAAUUUAUAUAGAUUUAUAUAGGGAAAAACUUUGAAAACCUUCUUGUCCAAAACCACAGAGCCUAGGGCUUUGAUAUUUGGUAUGAAGCAUCAUCUAGUGGUCCUCUACCAAGAUGAUUCAAAUUAUUUCUCUGGGGUCAAAUAUGGCCCCGCCCUGGGGGUCACAUGGUUUAUAUAGACUUAUAUAGGGAAAAACUUUGAAUAACCUCUUGUCCAAAACCACAGGGCCUAGGGCUUUGAUAUUUUGUAUGUGACAUCAUCUAGUGGUCUUCAACUAAGAUUGUUCAAAUUAUACCCUAGGGUCAAAUAUGGCCCCGCCCUGGGGGUCAUAUGGUUUACAUAGACUUAUAUAGGGAAAAACUUUGAAAAUCUUCUUUUCCAAACCACAAAGCCUAGGGCUUUGAUACUUGUAAUGUAGCAUCAUCUAGUGGUUCUCUACCAAGUUUGUUCAAAUUAUCCUCCUAGGGUUAAAUAUGGCCCCGCCCCGGGGGUCACAUGGUUCAUAUAGACUUAUAUAGGGAGAAGCUUUUAAAAUGUUCUUGUCAGUAACUACAACAUUCAAACUUGGACCACAUGUAUAUUUUUGAGUGGCAAGAUGAACGUUGACAUGAGUUGACCUUGAUUUUGACCUAGUGACCUACUUUCACAUUUCUGUAGCUACAGCCUUCAAAUUUGGACCACAUGCAUAAUUUUGUGCACUGGAAAAAACUUUGACCUUUAUUUUGACCUAGUGACCUACUUUCACAUUUUUGAAGGUACAGGCAUCAAAUUUGGACCAUAUGCAUAGUUUCCUGUUUCAAAAUGAAAUUUGACAUUGAUUUUGACCUAGUGACCUACUUUCACAUUUCUCAAGCUACAGCCUUCAAAUUUGGACUCCAUGCAUAGUUUUGUGUACCGAAAAAAACUUUGACCUUGACAUUGACCUAGUGACCUACUUUCACAUUUUUGAAGGUACAGGCUUCAAAUUUGGACCACAUGCAUAGUUUUGUAUUCUGAAAUAAAAUUUGACCUUGAUUUUGACCUAGUGACCUACUUUUACAUUUCUCAAGCUACAGCCUUCAAAUUUGGACCACUUGCAUAGUUUUGUAUACUGAAAUGACUUUUGACCUUUACAUUGACCUAGUGACCUACUUUCACAUUUUUAAGGUACAGGCUUCAAAUUUGGACCACAUGCAUAGUUUUGUAUUCCGAAAUAAAAUUUGACCUUGAUUUUGACCUAGUGACCUACUUUUACAUUUCUCAAGCUACAGCCUUCAGAUUUGGACCACAUGCAUAGUUUUGUGUACCGAAACAAACUUUGACCUUUACAUUGACCUAGUGACCUACUUUCACAUUUUUGAAGGUACAGGCUUCAAAUUUGGACCACAUGCAUAGUUUUGUAUUCCGAAGUAAAAUUUGACCUUGAUUUUGACCUAGUGACCUACUUUUACAUUUCUCAAGCUACAGCCUUCAAAUUCGGACUACUUGCAUAGAUUUGUGUUGUGUACGGAAAUGAAAUUUGACCUUGAGCUAGUCAGUAAGUCUUGAAAUUUGGAACACUCAAAAAUGGCACAUUGGUGGGCGCCAAGAUCACUCUGUGAUCUCUUGUUACUUAAACAUCUUUUCUGAAACUACUGUUCAGGAAUACUCCAAACUUGGUCAGUAACAUUCUGGCAUGGACUUCUAUCCGCUUUAUUCAAAUGGUUUACUUUGUUCCCUUUUUGGGGCCACCAGAGCUAAAAAUAGAAAAACAUUUAAACAGCUCUUUCGCAUGAAGCACUUUAUGGAUCUUCAUCGAACUUGGGGUCUGUAGUAUCAUCAUAAGGUCCUCUCCCAGUUUUGUUCAAAGGGAGGCACUUGGCCCCUUUAAAGGGCCGCUAGAGCUAAAGUUAGAAAUAUCUUUAAACAAGUUCUUCUUACGAAUUGCGAGGUGAAUUUUCAUCAAACUUGGUCAGUAGCAUCCUUAUAAGGUCUUCUGUUAAGUUUGUUCAAAUGGAGGCAGUCUCUCCCUUUUUAAAAUAAAAAUACCCUUUAACGACGACUUCUCCUGAACCCCUAAAUGGAUCUUCAUCAAACUUUGUAGCAUCAUUGUAAGGCCUUCUCCAAAAAUUGUUUAGUGGUGGAGUUUGGCCCUUUUAGGAGCAGAAAAAGCCUUUAGAUGACUUACUUCUUCUGAUGAACAGCUAGCUGGAUCUUCCAUCAGAUUUGGCCUGUAACAUUUGUGUAAUGUCUCUUUCCAAAGUUUACUCAAAUUGGGGCACUUGGUCGCUUUUAUGGGCCAUCAGAGAUAAAAAUAGAAUAACCUUUUAAUGCCUUCUUCUCAUGAAUAGCUUGAUGGAUCUUCAUCAAAUUUUGUUUUGUUGUAUCAUAGUAAUGGUUCUGCUAGUGCCUUGUAGGGGACACCAGAGUUAAAAGCAGAAAAGUUUUUUAAACAACUGCUUUGAGUCAUGAAGUUUGAUCUGAUGGUUACGAUUUUAGAGUGUUACAGCAAAAUAUAGCAAACACUUUCAAAUAUAUUUUUUUUUAAUCUUUAAUGCACUACUUUAAAGAUUUUCUCCAAACCCAGUUUGAAGCAAGGUCAGAUAGUGAAAUUCCUCUUCAGGUGAGCGACUUGGGGCCCAGAUCUAGUUGUUCAAAUGUUACAUACUUUUGAAAGGUGUAAAUCUCUGGAAUUAUUAGAAAUGCAUUUUCUCUGCGUUACAAUGCAUAUUUUACAUGUGUAUUGUCGAGUUGAAAGAAAAUAUAUGAUGGGGUGUAUGUGAACAGUCGUAGCCAAUCAAGAAUUGUGAUCUCUGGAAUCAAUUCAAAGGUCUAAAGGUUUGCAAUGUAAAUGUAGAAGCAAUGUAAAUACAAAAACAUGAAGCAGUUUUUAAGUAAUGAUUGUGUGUUGUUAUAAUCAUAUGAACUUUCUUAAUUUAUAGAAUAUGUUGUUUUCAAAGUUACGGUGUGUAAUGUUUGUGCAAAAAAUGUUCACAAUUUUAGUCCUGUGAAUACUGUAUUAUGAUGCUUUUAAAAUAAAUUGGUCUCACUAAGUUAUUCUAGGUGUAUACUCGUGUAGGUAGCAGCACUUUACUUGAAUUGUGUGGCAUGCCCUUGCUGUCAAAGACUGUUCUGAUAUGGUUAACUUUCUCUUUGAGUGUUCAAAGUUUAAAAUGUUUUGUAUUUUCUUGCCAGUUUUUUCAGUGAUAACUGUUGUAUAAUUUGUUUGUUUUGGGUUUAACGUCAUUUUUUCAACAGUAUUUCAGUCAUGUAACGGGCAGGCAGUUAACCUAACCAGUGUUCCUGGAUUCUGUACCACUACAAACCUGGUUUCCGCAAGUAACUUUCAACUUCCCCACGUGAAUUAUCAGAGGUGGAGGACGAAUGAUUUCAGACACAGUGUCAAGUAUUAUUUCUUUAGUCAAUGUGUGUUUCAUGGACAAUGUAUUUUGUACAUAAUUUAUAUUUAAUUUCUUAUUUUCCCACCUUAUUUUACUAAAAUGUGAUAGAAGUUCCAUUUCCUUCUGUUAUAAAUAAAAUCAUUCAGUAGCUGAAAUUACUCGGAAUUUAAAAUAAAAUUUACCACUCGAGGUGGAAUUGGUAUUCUGAAUUACCUGUACCCUUUGUUUCUACAUGUAAAUUAUGUGUCAACAUCUUCAAGUUAUUGUUAAUAGUUUAAGUUUAUAUAAUUUUAUAACACAGAACAAAAGCCUUAUAAAUACAAGUAAGUCUUUCAACUUGUGAGCUUUAAAUCCAAUAAAAUAUACAAGUUA